UUUACUUUCAUUUGAUGACACGCGACGAAUGCAGACUUCAGAGUCGAAGUGAUGAAUGAACACUUAUCUUUCUUCUCGAUAACAUCUGUUUGAAGUUUCUGUCCUUCCAUCACGGAAAGGUGAAAUUUACUAAAAAACGACUACUGUUCAGCAGUGUAAAGUUAUUUAUUUGUGCAAAUGUAGAAUGGAAUUUUGGACUUGUAAAAGAAAACACAAGAUUUCAAAGUAAACUGCCAUCAAUUAUCAAUCAAUUAGAAUGGCACGAAGCAGCAGCAUGAAAUUAUUGGACUACGUCAAGGCUGAGGUGACACGGGGUUAUCAGCUGGAAUUGGAAGAGGAACGAUUUCAAGCAAGGCGAGAAAAAGUGUACAUGUUUAUGACAAUUCCGCACGAGUUGGAGCGACUCAUGGGAUAUGGAUUCUUUCAAUGUGCAGAUGCAUUCCUCUUCCUUUUUACAUACCUUCCUUUAAGAGUUGGCUUCAAAGUUUGUCAUUAUCUUACGUACUGUUUUAAAUCUCUGUUCCGAAGAACAACCAAUACGAAGGAAGGAAAUGGCCAAUGGCGACCGGCCGAUCGAUGCGAUCUCUUAAAAUUAUGUAUUUUAAUCGUCAGUGUGUACUUAUUCACAUAUAUCGACACGAGUGUGCUGUACCAUGUGAUUAAAUCUCAGUCAGUUAUCAAGCUGUACAUAUUUUUCAAUAUGUUAGAAGUUGGCGAUAGGUUGUUUGCGUCAUUUGUUCAGGACACAAUUGAUGCGCUGCUUCUCACGGCUACAGAAGAAUGUCCCAAAAAAUCAAAGAGCAAAACCAUGGGACUUACGUCACACUUAUUGUUAACCAUUCUUUCAGUUUUUGGGCACGCGUUAGUUAUUCUGUUGCAAGGAACAACGUUAUCAGUAGCCAUAAAUGCCAACAACCGUGCCUUGUUGACUGUCAUGAUGUCAAAUAAUUUCGUAGAGUUGAAAGGAGCUGUGUUCAAAAAGUUUGAUAAAAUCAAUCUAUUUCAAGUUGCUUGCAGCGAUGUCAGAGAAAGAUUUCACUUAUUCAUUCUACUGUUGGUCGUGUGCCUACAAACGAUGAGGGAAUAUUCCUGGGAGGAAUCCAGAUUCUGGGUGUUAUUUCCAGACUGCGUAAUGGUUUUACUGUCAGAAGUCGUCGUAGAUUGGUUGAAACAUGCCUUCAUCACAAGAUUUAACGAGAUUCCUGCAGAGGUGUACCGAGAGUACACCUUGUCACUUGCUUACGAUUUAGCACAAACAAAACAACGGAAGGCGUUUUCGGAUCACUCUGACAUGGUUGGACGAAGACUUGGUUUUGUGCCCUUGCCUUUAGCCGUUGUUUUGGCCAGAGUUUUGAGACCAUGUAUUAGCCACGGAGAUAUGGGGACCAUAUUGCUGACAUUCUUGGGAUUUAUAGCACUGGCCACGUUUAGGACAUUGAAUUCCAUAAUUUUGUUGGGAAAGGCAUGCGACCUAAUUGAUCAACAUGUAACAUCGUCAUCAGUUGCAUCAAUUCAAAGCCCUUCUCAUGUCCAACAACAAGCUCCCUUGCAUUUCCAAACCGCUGGGAAUCUGAUACAAACGCAAACAAUGGAAUCCAUUAAAUUGGAACCUGCAACCAAUGAUGCUAGAACAAGAACGCCAAGUCCAACGUCAAAUCCUGCAAAUUAUAUCUUGCAACAUGAUCAUCUUGCAGAAUUACGGAAACCACCUCCUUUGGAGAAGCGAGAUAGUAGAAUUAAGUUGUCGAGGUCUUAUAGUGCUAGCCAUACUCCGCGACCUUCGAUCGGAAGCAUUAAUGAUCUUCCUCCACUUCCACCGUAUCCUUCAGAUUAUAACGAUGACAGCAAGUUGCUUCCAGCCAAUAGUUUAGUUAGCAUAUUGAGCGUUAAUUUUAAUGAAGAAAUGAUUGCCAACAACGAACAGAUGGAAUCGGAACAACCUUCAAUCAAAAAAAUGACCCGAAAACAUUCUUUGGGUAGCAAUUUGGCUGAGUCAGAAGAUGUGCUGUCGGCACAGCCAAAGUCAGAAGAAGACACUGCUAUUGCUACGACCACUAGUCAUAUAAAACUUGAAGCAAUAGAUGUUAUUGAACAAGAUCCAGAGGACGAUAACAAUCUCAAUCUCAGCUAUUGUGGAUCUCCAGAAUCAGACUCGGUACUGGAACAAACUACUUUGGAAUUAGAAAAACUUAUUUUAAUGGAAGAAGCCAAUGAGACCCAACGUGACCAAGACUUGGAGAAAGUUGUUGGUGGUAUAUCCAGCUCAGAGCACAAUACAAACAGCUCAGGCGAAGUCAGACAUCGUGUCAAGAAAAAAUCGUUCACUGGAUGGUUUAAAGAUUUGGGUUCGUCGUCUAAAGUUAAUGAAAAUAACUCUGAAAAGUCGUAGACUACACAAUAGUGUAGAAUGACGCAAAGAUAAGAUUAUUUAUUUUACUCAAAUCGAUCGACAGAUACAUGUUGAAAAUUAUUUUUUGUAGCUUGUUCAAAAUUGUCGCAUCACACAAAAAUAUACAUUAUAGUAUAGCUUUAAGUUCGUUAUUAUGUUAAAGCAUUUAAUAAAUUUCCUAAAUUCAUCCCAAAAAA